GAACCUGCUUAGAGCGGACAUGUAUUAAGCGGGCAAUACUGAAUAUCCCAAGGGUGUCCGCUUAAUACAGGUUUCACUGUACUUCCGGGAACCCUGUAAUUCUCAAUUUCAUAUAAUUUUCAUUUCUAAACUUCUCUAGUUAUAAGUCUCUAGUACUACCAAUGCCUGCGCGACCCUCUAGCCUGGGUGUCAGGCGUUGCUAAGGGGAAGGAAGAGGGGAAAAGGAGAAAAGCUUCUGCCUUCCUCUCCUCUCUCCUCCCCUCAGGAUACUGCUUUUUUUUCUCCUCUCUCCAGCCUCUCUCCCCCUUUCUUUCUAAAAGUGUAAUGCCCAGGCUAGGCUAAUGGCCCUCCAGUCAAAAACCCGUAAUAAGUAUUUGGACGCACUACGUGCCUAUGUUUCACUUUGUUUUCGCGCCAUAAAUUCGCGCCCGCUGGAAAUGACAGCGGCCACCAAAGCAACAAUAUGCGCGACUGGCUUCCCGGUAAAUUACGAAUUUAUCAGAGAAGAACUUUUAACCAUGAUCACACGCUCGAAAACAAGCGAAAUUUUCUCUUGAUUCUCGCUAAACAUCUUUCUUCACAAGAUAGAACUCAUGCCGAAGUACGACACGAAGACUUAUGGUCGAAAUCGCGCCAGAGAAACGAAAAUUUCCAAGGAAUUUGACGAGAUUAAAAAAAGUGAGAAUGCGAAAGCAAACGUUACUUCGGAAAACACAUUCACAAGAAGGCUUGCAAGAAGGUCUCCAUGGUCAAGGACGAGUAGAAUUGUGGAAAGUAAUCUUAGUGUCAUAAAGGAGGCAGCUGUUGAUUCAUCGAAGACAAGUAAAAGAAGAAAAUUAGGAGUGAUUGAAGAGAGAGAUCCGUUUGCCUUCGACGAAGACGACGUGACUGCCUCAAGCUCACAAGAAAGUACAUUUCGAGGUAACGCCACCGGGCAAUCAAUCCGAACUUCAUCGACAGAAUUAACUGAUAAAAGUACUGACGAUGAAGCUUAUAGCAGCUCCCAAGAAUUAAGUGAAAGUUCUUUACAAGGAGGUGAAAGAAGGAUUGGUUGGAAGAAUCUCACAGCGUCACCGUUCAAGAGUUUUCUGAAGAACAAUGACAAGUCACUGUCACCAAAGAAAGAAAAAUCUUCAAGAAGACUUUCUGCUUUGCCAACAAGUGCUGACUUCAGUGAGGACUCGCAGGACGAGGUAUCUCCUGAUGUUCCAAAUCUUGGCCGCUCUGCAUCGUGGCCACGGAGGAAAGAGGAAGAUUCUUCCAGUGUUGUGAGAGUAAAGAGAACAGAGAAACCUCUGUUUACUGUCGUACAGAAUGUCAAACAAGUUCAUGAAUGCUUGGAGUCUGGAGAAGACCAGCAAUUUUUUGAUGAUGUGGAGUACCUGCUGGAUGGUCUCAAACAAUCCCGUUCAAUAGCGACCCGGUGCUUAAGUGCACUGGACUUUGCGUCCCAUUGCUCUAAGCCCUCAUUCAGAGUGAGCCUAAGAGCCCAUGGCAUUGCACCGAAAAUCUUCUCAGCCCUUCAAGAUGCACCUUCUGAUAAGUGUCUUGCUCUUUGUACAUCAGCAAUUACCUUGAUGUUAUCUCAAGACCGACAGAAUGCUGAUUUAGACAGAUCUGUUCUUGAGCUGAUGAUGAAGCUGUUAGCUGCAGACAGCAACAAGCAGCAAUCAAAGUCUUCAAAGGAUUACAAUCAAUACAUCACAAAAGUGAGAACAUUACUAGAAAAACAAGGUGGAUCAGAUGAUGAACUACUCGCUGCAGGAGAUGAGGACAUAAAUCCUGCCUCUCUCAUAUGUGAGUCGAUGCUGUCUUUGACGUCCCAGAGGACUGGGGAGUGGUUUAAAGAGGAGAUUCGAGUAUUGCGAGGCCUGGAUCACAUCAUGGACAUAGCAAUUCAGACUAUCGACAACCUUCUAACAAGGUAUGCCGAUGGCAGAUUACACGAGGGUGUAGCAAUAGCUAAGGUGAAAAAGAUGACAAGAUGCAUGAGGCUAUUGGAGAAUGUCACAGUCCAGCAUUCCGCUAACCAGGAGUACAUGAUUCUUUAUGAAAAGGGAUCUUUUGUGACUUCUUUGGUCAGGUUGUUGCAACUGUGUCUGAACACGCUCAACCAUGGUGUUUCUCCAAAGCAAGCCAAGAAAAAACCAGACAAGGCAUUUGAACAUUGUUUCUUUAGCAUUCUUAAAGUUUUCUUGAAUCUGACUCACAACUUUGAGGCAGGCAGCUCUUGUAUUGGUCAACAGGAUGACUUUCUUUCAUCACUUCUGUUGACUGUUCUACAGUUGCCACAGUUUGUUACAGAGAGCAAGAGAUUUGACUUACUUGUCCUGAGCUUGGAACUCUUGAUUAACUUAGUGGAGGAGAGUAAACCGAACAUUGCCUCCCUGGUUCAGCUGCGUACCUCCCCCUGCCACGAGAGUCAAGAUAGUAGUCAAGAACAAGAAGAUCAUGGGGGACAACUCAGUUCAAUUGAGGCCCUUGUUCAGCUGUUCCUCAUUAGAGAACAAGCUGCUAGGAACACAGAUGAGAUGACAUCAGGCUUAUCAACAGAAGAGGAAAGUAGUCAAGAGUCUUUUAAACCAACAAAAGAUGGCAUGGGAUGGAUUUGUGGCGAAGAUAUCGAUGUUUCUGUUGAUGAAGGAAACAAGAAAGCUGCAGAAGUGCAAGAGGAAGAAGAUGAAGUUCCACUGGAGGUACAACUUGGGAAAGCUUUACAAAAGGCUGGAAAACACAUGGAAGAUAGUGUUGUGGCAGCUUAUGUGGCUCUGCUUCUUGGCUGCAUAUUACAGGAGAAUGAAGCAAACCAGUGCUUUGUUCGUGGCCUUUUACCUGAAGGAGAUUUUUCUCUUCUUGUCAAUGUUUUGAGAAAAUUUCUACGUUUCAUGAAACUCACAAGUGGUACAAGUGGACAUGCCAUUGAAAAGAUAGUUAAAGUGUUGGAAAGUUGCCAGACAAAAUGAGAAAGCCAAGCUAUUUUGGAAAAGAAGAUAAUAUCUAUUACAACUUAGGAAUUUAAGUUUAGUUUAGUGUAUAAUGUACUUUAUUUCAUGCAAAGCACAACUCAAUCACAAUCAAUUCAGUAGUGUUGUACAUAUUCAUCAUAAUAUUUUUAUUUUAAUUUUCUUUUCUUUUUGCUUGAUGCAGUAAUUUCAUUGGCAAAACUAUGCAUUCUUGAUAAUGAAGGGUACUAUAUCGAUGAAUCAAGAUAAUUCCUUGUUUCUCCAUCACUUUGUACACAAGGGGUGCUUACCUUUUGUCCGAAUACACCACGUGGAAUGACUGUGGAAUAAUGGUAAGGUUUUACCAAAAAUCAAUUAAUUGAAAUAAUUGAUUAAAUUAAUCAACAAAGCAAGCAAACCAUGUGGCGCAUACAAUUUGAUUUCCCAUAAUUUUUUUCCGCUGAGGAAAGAUUGUAAACUAGAAAAUUCAGCAAAGAGUAAGGAAAUUUCCACCAGUCCCUUCCAUUCCAAACAGAAAAAGAGGACUACCUCGGGAUGUAGUCGUCAAUUUCUGAACAGAUUUUUCGUAAAAUUACUCAACAUGCAUUUGACUUUCAACCAAAAUUUCUGGACUUUUUGGCUUAAUGGUACACACUCUAUGGGGCUGGCUGACUCUUUACAUAACUGUUAUAAUAUUAAAAACUCAUGUGAAAACAUGCAAGUCUCAUAACUGGAAGACACUUCCCAUGUAAUCACAAACUGUUUUCAGACCUUGCAGAAGCAUAUUAUCUAUUUUUUUCGUGUCUCUCUCAUAUUAGUCCACUGUCAUGACCAGUGUAUGGCAGUGAUACCAACCUCAUGAAGUAACCUUGUGCAAUGUAGAAAAAAAAAAACCUGUUCUAAUAGACCUGCAUUGGUGGAUUGUUCUGUUGUGAUAGCAGAGUGUAGGCCUAGUGUAGGUCUGUCUACAGAAGUGGUACCAAACUUAUGAAGUAGCCUGGUACAAUGUAGAAAAAAAAAAACCUGUUCUAAUAAACAUGCAUUGAUGGA